GGCCCUGAUACAUAGCUGUGUGCUGUAGCACUAUAUCCUUGCAAAUACUUUGUGUCAAACGGCCUAGCAACCUUUCAUCCACCCCGUCCACGUAUUCCUGAAAUAUAUGUCCGACAUCGCUCGCUUACUCGCUCUGAUCCUGCGUUGCGUUCCAGAAUCCUCAAAUGACUCUAAGGAAUUUGUCCCUCUUUGGUUGCCGUCACUCGAUUGGGGUCAUCGCGCAAUGUAGGCGUGGUUACUGCGCUGGUACCCCGUCACUCACCGGAGCCUUCCGGUGUCGGACCGGGUAGGACAGUGCUGAAGAUACUUUAUUGUUUGUCUUCUGUGUAGCGGAGCAUGUGCUGGGCCUAGGCCGGGAGUUCACUUUUUGGCACUAAGGCGGAGGACCAUGUCCUCAAGCCGGCAAUCUCAGCAACUCCCCGGGCCAGGAGGAGGAACGGGCCCCUCUUCGUCAUCGUCGUCAGCCCCGUCUUCUUCUUCUUCAGCGGGUACAUUGAGACCGGGACUAGUCAGUGGCUCUGCUCUCAGCCGACUCGGAACGGGAGGCAGUGGAUCCGCGUUAGUAGGCAGGCCGGGAAGCUCAGCUGGUAGGAAGAGGCCUUUGCCUACACCUCUGUGCAAUGGGCUCAUUAACUCCUACGAGGACAAGAGUAACGACUUCGUGUGCCCAAUAUGCUUUGAAAUGAUUGAGGAAGCAUACAUGACUAAAUGUGGACACAGUUUCUGCUAUAAAUGUAUCCAUCAAAGUCUGGAGGACAAUAACCGCUGUCCAAAGUGUAAUUAUGUGGUAGACAAUAUUGAUCAUCUCUAUCCAAACUUUUUAGUAAAUGAGUUAAUCCUCAAACAGAAGCAAAGAUUUGAUGAUAAGCGGCUGAAGCUGGACCCAUCGAAUGGGCACAGGUGGCAGAUAUUCCAGGAUUUACUAGGGACAGACCAAGAUAAUCUAGAUUUGGCCAAUGUGAAUCUAAUGCUGCAGCUGCUGGUCCAGAAAAAAAGGCAGCUGGAGGCUGAAUCCCAUGCUGCUCAGCUACAGAUCCUCAUGGAAUUUCUCAUUGUAGCUCGCCGGAAUAAAAGAGAGCAACUGGAGCAGAUCCAAAAGGAGCUAAGUGUACUGGAAGAGGACAUAAAACGUGUAGAGGAAAUGAGUGGCUUAUAUUCCCCUGGCAGUGAAGAUAGCACUGUGCCUCAAUGUGAAGCUCCUUCUCCUUCCCACAGCCUAAUUGACUCAACAGAAUACAGCCAAUCCCCAGGGUUCAGUGGUAGUUCCCAGACAAAAAAGCAACCAUGGUACAACAGCACUCUGGCAUCACGAAGAAAACGUCUUACAGCCCAUUUUGAGGAUUUGGAGCAGUGCUACUUUUCAACAAGGAUGGCACGUGUAUCAGAUGACAGUCGAACAGCGAGUCAGUUAGAUGAAUUUCAAGAAUGCCUUUCUAAAUUCACCAGAUAUAAUUCCGUGCGCCCUUUAGCAACCCUCUCUUAUGCCAGUGAUCUCUACAAUGGCUCUAGCAUUGUGUCCAGCAUAGAGUUUGACCGAGACUGUGACUACUUUGCCAUUGCUGGCGUGACAAAGAAGAUAAAGGUGUAUGAAUAUGGCACUGUUAUCCAGGAUGCUGUGGAUAUACAUUACCCUGAGAAUGAAAUGACAUGUAAUUCUAAAAUUAGCUGUAUAAGCUGGAGUAGCUACCACAAGAAUGUCCUGGCUAGCAGUGAUUAUGAAGGGACUGUUAUCUUAUGGGAUGGGUUCACAGGACAAAGAUCCAAGGUGUAUCAGGAACAUGAGAAAAGGUGUUGGAGUGUUGAUUUUAAUCUUAUGGACCCCAAACUCCUAGCCUCCGGUUCAGAUGAUGCCAAAGUAAAGCUGUGGUCCACAAACUUGGAUAACUCUGUUGCAAGUAUUGAAGCCAAAGCAAAUGUAUGCUGUGUUAAAUUCAGCCCUUCCUCCCGCUAUCAUUUAGCCUUCGGUUGUGCAGAUCACUGUGUCCACUAUUAUGACCUUCGAAACACUAAGCAGCCCAUUAUGGUGUUCAAAGGGCAUCGCAAAGCAGUCUCCUAUGCCAAGUUUGUGAAUGGGGAUGAGAUUGUCUCAGCGUCAACAGACAGUCAAUUGAAAUUGUGGAAUGUGUCAAGGCCACAUUGCCUUCGUUCUUUUAAGGGACAUAUUAAUGAAAAGAAUUUUGUUGGCUUGGCUUCUAAUGGAGACUACAUUGCUUGUGGAAGUGAAAACAACUCCCUCUACCUGUAUUAUAAGGGCCUUUCCAAAACCUUGUUGACUUUCAAAUUUGACACAGUCAAGAGUGUUUUAGACAAGGAUAGAAAAGAAGAUGACACCAAUGAAUUUGUAAGCGCUGUGUGCUGGCGUGCACUCCCUGAUGGGGAGUCAAAUGUACUUAUUGCUGCUAACAGUCAGGGCACAAUCAAGGUACUGGAACUGGUAUGAAACACGGAAUUCUGAAUUACAAAUGAAGUGACAUGCUACAUUUACCAAGACAGAAGAAAACUCUAAACCCUACCGAAUAAAGAAUAUUAGAGCAUUUACCAUAAUUCUGUUCUGGACUCUUAAAGUCUUUAGGAGGGCAAGGGCAGGAGUGGGUAAGAUUGGUAACCCCAAAGGGAAAUCUGGGUUCCUCAACUGCUCUCCACUACUGUGUAGUUUUCUUUCUGGUGCUGCUUUCUACCCUAAUACUAAGGGGUUCUGUAGCUCAAAGCUGCUUGCGCACUGUGGAUCAUACCAGCACUGAAGAAUCAACCCAGGUAGUAGAGACUUUGUUUUUAUCAUAGGGGGAGUAAUCUCAAACACCAUUCCCAGUUUUUUUGUUUUGUUUUUUUUAAUAAGUUUGUGAUAUUGGGACACACCUUUUUGAAGAUGGCAUAUCAUACAAAAUAAUGAAUGGAUUCAGGAAAUGAAGACUCGUGCACCAUCUAGCAGAUAUUAUAGGGCUUAGCUGCUACAAAACUGCUAACUGGCCUCAUUUGUUUGGAGUCCUUUUCAGUAAUAGCUGAGUCUAACAAGUGAUUUAAAGACCCUGCUAUAUUGCACAUGUAGGGCAAAUUUCACUUGGAAGGAGACAGUAAGUGGUGUUAUUAAUAAGGCAGUCUAAUUUACAAAAACUGUAAGCAAUUUAAUGCAGUUAUCUUUAGGUUUGUGCAUUAAAAAGUAUAUUUCUUUAAAAUUAUUCUAAAUUGUGUCUAUUUUGAUCAUACUUUUUGCGCUUUUCCCACCUCAUGAUCGAAAUAACAUGUAAAUAAAAGAUCUCCACACACA